GCCUCCUGCACGCUUCCAAUAUUGCCCCGGACUAUAGCCUCAAACGAACUGACCCCUUAUCGGUGUUACUUUGUCUGUGUUUAUAUAUUUGGUUCCCGAUGAACAGGAAGAGCUACUCUUGUUCUUCGCAUCUCAUUCUCCUCAUCGCUCUGCGCAUUGUACAGCACCGCCAACCCUCAAGGCAAGAUGCGUUUCCUUUCAGUGCUCUCCGUCCUGGCUUCGGCCUCUGUUAGCGUCCUUGCACAGGAGACCGCAACUUCCACUGGCACCUCCACCCCCAAAAACGGCGGAAGUAGCUGUGAUGCCCAGAAUAUCCUGGACGCUUGUGUGGAAUCCAUUCAAGAGCAGGUCGACGCCUGCGGCCCUAAUGAAUGGGAUUGUCUCUGCGAGCAAACCAACAACAUGUUAACAUGCUACAAUAACUGCCCCAACGAUGGCAGCCGCACCGGCAUCCAGCAGCAAAGAAUCUCCUACUGCAACGCCGCAGGCACGCUCUCGACUAGCAGUACACGUCCAGCUACAAAGACCGCGACUGCGACAUCGGAUGCCUCGUCGACAAGCGACGGGGCUGCUGCGUCGGCGACAGCGGACGAUGCGGCGUCAAGACUGGAGAUUGGAUUGGGCGCAGGAUUUGGGGUUGGACUGGCUGUUUUGGGGAGCCUGGUGUAAUAAUAAAGGCCGUUAAACUAUAAAUUGACAGAUCGUGUUGAACAGCCUGGAUGAUCCCUGUUAUAGUUGAGACGGUCAGUGCACAGGACAACGAAACUCAGGCACCCAGGCUGCAGCUGACUAAGAGAUCGACCAACUGCUCCUAAGCUAAUCGGCGUGCCAAGUGGACUAGCAGCUGUGAUGGGCCGA